GUGACGCGACGGGCGUGGUCUGUGGUUGGAGGGCGUGGCCAACGGACGGUGCGUCGAGGCGGCGGCAGCGGAGGAGGCGCCCAGGAAUAUGGCGGCAGUGGGGGCCGGAGGACCGGGAGGCGGCGGGCGCUUCUCGCUUCUGGUCGUCUUUGGCGCUGGGGGAGGCCGAGCUGGGCUGCGCAGGGCGGUGCUGGAGGCCGUCAAAGCCGGGAUUCGCUCUUGGGAUAUUGACCUGACUGCCUGCAACCUCGAUCAGCAGCUGAAGCUCUUUGUCUCCCGUCACUCCGCCACCUUCUCGGAUAUUGUGAAAGGUCAGCGUGCCCUCCAUCACCGCGGAGAUGUCUUGGAGACCUUAGUCUUGCUGAACCCUUCUGAUAAGUCAAUCUGUGACGAGCUCCGCAACCUGGUCACGGACUCUUCGCGUCACAAGCUGCUGAUCUUUGCUGGGCCUUGUGUUGAGGAGACGGGGGAGCUAGUGCUGCAGACGGGCUCUUUCUCCUUGCGGGAUUUCAUCCAGAUCUUUGCUGACAAAGAGGUUGGAGAACUACUCAGCUCUGCGGACCCCUCUGCGAAGACCAGCUUGACUGUGGUCUGCCCAGACUUGAAAGCAUGGAAGGAUUCCCGGCUAGGCCAGCACAACCUGCUGGAUUUCAUCGACCUCCACUUCAACCCUGGCUGUGUGCUGCCCGAGAUGGAGGGCCUGCAAGAGUUCUUGGAAUAUCUGUCAGAGUCUCUGGAUCCCCAGUCGCCCUUCGACCUCCUGGAGCCACCCAGCACAGUUGGCUUCCUGAAGCUCUCCAAGCCUUGCUGCUAUAUCUUCCCAGGCGGGAGAGGGGACUCAGCCUUCUUUGCUGUCAACGGCUUCAACGUCUUGGUCAAUGGGGGCUCCAACCCCAGGUCGUCUUUCUGGAAGCUGGUGCGGCACCUCGACCGCAUCGACUCCAUCUUGGUCACCCACGUGGGGACCGACAGCUUGCCUGGGGUGAACAGCCUGCUGCAGAGGAAGCUUGCCGAAAUGGAGGAGGACCCUUCCUCACAGGGCUCCCAGAAUGAUGAGUGGGUGAAGAACCUCAUCUCGCCGGAGCUGGGGGUUGUGUUCCUCAACGCCUCGGAGAAGCUGAAGGCCAUCGAAGGGGACUCCGGGAUCCUGAAGAGCUGUGACGAGGCCAGCCUGGCUCUUCGGUACCUGGAGAAACUGGGCAUUAAGCCCCACCCGCUCUUCAGGGAUGUCGGCCCCAAGGUGGAACCCACCAUCCUCUUCCAAAAGAUGGGUGUUGGGCGGCUUGACAUGUAUGUCCUCAACCCAGUGAAAGGUAGCAAGGAACUGGAGUUCUUGAUGCAGCAGUGGUGUGGGAAUGGUUACCCCAAAGGCCUGGAGCUGCCCCUUCAAUGCGUGACCUCCAUCUGUGCCCUCCUUGUGUGGCACCCUGUGAACCCCUCAGAGAAGAUUGUUCGGGUCUUGUUCCCAGGCUGCACACCACAGAGCAAGAUCUUGGAAGGACUGGAGAAAGUCAAACACUUGGAGUUGCUCAAGCAUCCAGUGGUCACUCAGAAGGAUCUGGAGUCGUCCUCCACCCCUCAGCUCAGGCAGAAGAGGGCAGAGAGUCAGGAGAGCCUCAAAUCAUCCUCUCGGCAGAGCCUGACAGAGCCAAACCUGUCUGUUGCCAAGGAGAAAAGAGAGCCAAAGCUGACCAACACCAGAGACCGGCCCAAGGCGCCCAGCGAGACCUCCAGGGGUAGCAUUGAGGAGGAGAGGACCAAAGAUGGCAAGUCCAAGCUGGAGUCUUCAACAGAGAAGCCCAAGCAAGAUGUGAGGCCCAAGCAGCUGAAGGAGAAGCUGGUGGCCAAGAAGGAGGUCAGGAAGCCAGCACUGAAGGAAGAUGCUGCCCAAGAGAAGGACGUAGCAAAGAGAGAGGUCAAGCUAGUGAAGAAAGAGGGCAAGGCAGAUGCUCCUAAAAAAGAGACAAAGAAAGAGGAAGCCAAGAAGGAUACCAAAAUGGAGGAGAAAACGGCAAAGCAGCCGGCGAAGGACCCGCGGAGAACUCCAGGGGCGGAGGUGAAGAGGCCUCCCAGUAAGAUGGGCAGCUUCAAGAAAUCGAUCCCGACCCUCAGAAAGGAGACUGAGAGGCCAAAGAGCAAGCUGUCUAAGGAAACAGCAUCCGCCCGCAAGUCACCCAGUAGCUUCAAGGGAAGCCCGUCAUUGGAUGGGUCUAAGUCAUCAUCAGAAAACGGAGUGCCGGAGGAGGAGAGGAUGAGGGGGGGCUCUCGGCAGGGAGCAGAGUCUACUGAUGAAGGCAUCACCACCGCUGAGAGUGAACUGGAGCCUUCACCGCUGGAGGGCAUGGAUUGCCACGGAAACAGUCUGGAGCCUGCUGAGAACGGCCUGGGCAUGGGGGGAGAUCCAGAGAGCCCCCAGCCCUUCCGGCACUUGGAAGCCAGCUCCCCGCUCAAAGGCAUCGGGCCCCCGUCCCCAUUGGCCAAAACUCCCAAGAGCGACCGGAGUGUCAACUUUGAACUGACACCCACAGACAUCCGGGGAGGGCUGAACCACUGCCCGGAGGCUGAGGAAGCCUGUGGCAGCUCUGAAGAGAAAACCCUGGAGAUGAUGUCCCCCUCGAGCUCUGCCCCUGCCAGUGCUGGCCACACCCCCUUCCACCAGUCUCCUGUGGAAGACGCCAUCAUGGCUGAAGAGCCGGUGGCCAUGGUCAAUGCCUGGAGGCCUGACAGUUCCAUCUCCGGGCCUCGGGCCUCACAAGAUAACUCCAGCUCUUCCCAGGAGAAGCCGUCCGGGUGCCUCUCACCCAGUCUCUUGCGUGACGACAUUCCGGAUGUCUCGCCCACCAUUACGACACCCUCCCUGCCAGCAGAAGUGGGCUCCCCUCACUCCACCGAGGUGGAUGAGUCACUCUCCAUCUCCUUUGAGCAGGUCCUCCCACCAGUGAGCGAGUUCCCCCAGGAAGAAGCAGAGAAUUUCCGGGCAGGGAGGCUCACCCCAGAGCCAGAGGUUGCGCUGGGGAAAGGCAUCAUGUCCCUGCCUGUCCGACCCUGCCACCAUCACCCCAAUGCGCAGCGCUUGGACGGCCAUGUGCUACCCAGGUCCAGACACCGCUCGGACUCCCCCCAUGACGUGGACCUCUGCUUGGUCUCCCCCUGUGAGUUUGAGCACCCCAAGUCGGAGAGGUCCCCAUCGGUCAACUUCAGCCCCCGGGACAUGUCCAACAGCAGUGACUUCUCCCAAGAGCUGACCAAACCCCUGGCCCACCGGAAGGGCCCGCGGGGGCGCAAGCCACACCCCCUUGUGGAUGAGACUCCACCCACUUCCUUCAGCGAGUCGCUGCCCACUCUCUCGGAUUCGGACAUCCCGCCCGCCAUGGAAGAGUGCCCUUCCAUCACAGCAGACGGCGGGCUGGACUCUGACGACGACCCCGAGAGCCUGGCCCGGAACCGUGAUCCGCUCCCAGCCGUGCUGAAAGACCCGUGCCCACUCCCUGCCCAGCCGGGCAUCUGCAUGGUGGACCCCGAGAAGGAAGGCGCCGCUAAGGUCAAGAGGACACCCAUGCGGGUUGGCUCGGCACCCCCCAAAACAGAGACCCCCAAAGCCUCGAUUCCAAACAGGGCCAAAACCUCUUCUGCCAGUUUGGGGGACAAAGCCAGGCAGGCUGCCCUGGGGAGAAGCGACCCCCACCGUGCCGGAGGGGAUGUCCGAGCGCCCCUUGGCUCCCGGGCCCCCAGCAGCAGACCACUGUCCGGUGGGGCAAGGCUGUCUCCCGCAGGCCCCAAGGCCAGCCCUCCGCGCACGCCGGUCUACCUGGAGCUGGCCUACAUCCCUGGUUCCGCCAGCGCCCAGCGGGUGGAUGAGGACUUCUUCCAGCGCGUCCGCUCCCACUGCUACGUCAUCAGUGGCGAGGACCACAUCAAAGAAGGCGUCAUGCGGGGCAUCCUGGACGCGCUCUUGGCCGGGAAGCAGCAUUGGGCGCAUGACACCCAGGUGACCUUGAUCCCCACCUUUGACUCGCUGGUGAUGCACGAAUGGUACACGGAGACCCUGGAGCGGCAGCAGGAGUUGGGCGUCACGGUCCUUGGCAGCAACAGCACGGUGGCCAUGCAGGACGAGACCUUCCCAGCAUGCAAAGUGGAGUUCUGAGUGUCCCCCUGAUCCCCAGCUGAGCCAGGAGGCACUUUGGACCAUGGGCCGGAGUCGGGAGAAGGCAGCAGGGCCGACUCGCUCUCCCUCACCCUCCUCAGCUGCCAGUGCAAGAAGAGACUUGCCUUUGUAGGGAGGGUGGCUGAAGCAUCCCGAAGUUGCAUUUCACGCCUCAGGAGGCAGGAGAGGAGGGUCGCCUCCCUGGGGGUCGAAGGCUUCUCUGCAGCAAGUGGCAUCUGUUGUCUGUCCUUGUGUUUUGUGUUUCUGCAUGUCUGCCAAAGCAGCUAGUCCUGGUUGAGCACAGAGAGAGAGAGAGAGAAGGUAGAAUUUGGGGGUGGCAGUGGGGGGAGAUUGGCUUUGGGAGGCAACCAUUGGGCUAUGCUGCAAAGGCGUUGUCCCUCCCCUCCACUCCCUUCUUGCCCCAUGGAGCUCAUAGGCUCUCCUCUUCUUCCCCGCCAGUCGCUUUUUUCCUGCCUAAGGGAGAGUACGACUAGGGUUCUCGGGGGAAACUAGGGGGUGGGGGUCCUGGAUGCCCUGCUUCGAGGCCAUGGUUUGGGAACAGGACUUGGGGCCCUUAAAUGCUCCAACCCUAAGGCCUGUUUUUGAAAUGUCCCAUUGCUGCUUCCUCAAGCCAGCCAACCUGCCCCCCCCCAUUUCUUUAUAGCUUUUGUUUAGUGGCACAGGGUCUCUUGGGGGGUGGAUGGCUAGGCAGAGCUGCUGUCCCAUUUAAUCUUGGAUGACUUUUAAAAUCCCACACCAGGUUGGUUUCUAUUUGCGAUCCAUUCUGGGCCCUAGAGGGGAGCCCUGAUUUCCCUAAAGGUAUUGCCCGGCCUCCAAGAGCAAUGUCCAAGCAUGAGGGUGCUCCAUCCUGACCCCCAAGAGGCUGCACCUGUUCCCUGGGAAGAUCCAGCCCCUUGGAGGGGGACGGAUUCUGUGCUGCCUCUUCCCUCCCCCGCUGCAAUAACGCGGUGUGAGAUUCUCCCCCUUCCUCCAGCUCUUUCCACAAGCCCUCUAUGGCUAGGGAGGUGCCCAGACUGACUGGGAGAGUUGCCAGCUGGCUUCCUCACCUUGGGGUCCCAAUCCUAAACGUGCACCCCUCUUUCUGCUGCCCGGGUCGUAGUUCUUGGAUCCUGUCUUUUUAGCACGAGGCAGGAUUAGGAGUGAAUGGCCAGCUGCCUUCCUUUCCGGAGGGGCUGCGAAUAUAGGCACAUGGAAAUACCCCUGUAGAAGUCUGAGCCCCUCCCGCAAACACACAGACACUCCAGUUCUCUUCUACCUCUUACUUUACAGACCGACUGUUCAUUUUGAGGACUGUGCAUUUUCUCUCUGGAUGUUUGACUACUCUGUGAAAUGUGGAGCCAGCCAAAGCCCCCCUUCUUCUCCCCCUUUUCUCUCUGCAGCCCAUUCCUCUGUGAAUUUUUUUUAAAAAAAAAAAAAUCUUGCCCCCUCCCCUUAAUCUCCCCCUUUUGAAGGAAAGUGUGGGGGGGCGACCCCUCCCCCUUGGCAAUGUGACACUAAACUUUGUAAGGAAGGAAAAAGGUAUGUGUGUUUCUUAACGGUCUAUUUUGUAUUUUUUUUCUAAACAAGAGAAGCAACCAAAACUGUUACGUAUGGAAUGUGUGUUUUUGUUUUUAAUUUAUGGGAUCACCACGACGAGGCGCCUGCGUAUCCCAGCUAGGCGAAGCAGUGGCUGAAGGGGGUUGGGUGUUACAGAAUGGCUCUCCUGGCCCCCCUUCGCCCCCCUCCCCCUCGUAGCGUCCUGCUUCCCUGUUUGGAUCAGGCGCCCUGUCUCCUGUUCGUAUGCCGUGUGUUUAGAAAAACGGUUUGGGGUGGGUGGGAGAUACGAAUGUUUUCACCACCUUUUAGUGCAUUAUCGAAUUCUGCUUAGUUGGAAACCUGUUUUGAAGAGCAGCAGGGUGAGGGUUGGGUGAGGGGGCCCGCCCUCCUUGGGUGUCAGUUUUGGGGUGCCAAGAGCCCCUUUCUCUGCUCUCUGCCACCAACCCUGGGGUGGGUGGGUGGGGAGGGAAAGGUUGUGGUCUGUUGUAGCUGUUGACACACUUAACUGUGCGGCACACUCACAAUGUUCUGUGUAUUCACACACACACACACACCCCCCAAACACACUGUGUUGAAACCUAUUGAAAAAACAUUAAAGACAUAAGUAGCUUGACGAGA